AUGGAGCCUUCAUUUGAAGACGUGCAGUCUUUCCAGGACGCAGAUCGCGGGUUCGUCGACCGUCUUGAACCGUGUAUCAUCAAAGAUGGCUCAGGUCGAGUGAUCUGGGAUAAUGAAGCUUACAACUUCCUGUCUGAACCCGUCGCAGAAACUGCCAACGCAAAACUAUGGCGACAGGCUCAACUGCUUACCAAACAAGGCCUAUACAAGGUCGUCGACGGCAUUUACCAGAUCAGAGGCUUCGAUCUCUCCAACAUGACGGUGAUCGAAGGGACCAAAGGAAUUAUUGUAAUUGACCCUCUCACUUCAGCAGAGUGUGCAAAGGCUGGCCUCGAGCUUUAUCGCAAGAAUCGCGGCAACAAAGCCGUGAUGGGCAUGCUUUACACGCACUCCCACGCUGAUCAUUUUGGCGGAGCAGAGGGCAUAUUGUCUAGAAGCCAAGCCACUCAAGUUCCAGUGAUUGCUCCUCAUGGAUUCCUCGAGCAUGCUGUCAGUGAAAACAUCUUCGCAGGAAACGCCAUGGCUCGCAGAGCUGGAUAUAUGUAUGGAAACGAAUUGCCUAAAGGUCCCCAGGGCCAAAUCAGUGCCGGUCUAGGUGCAACUGUCUCCUCUGGCACCAUAACCAUUGUUCCGCCAAAUCUCAAUGUUACUCACACGGGUCAGACUGAGACUAUUGAUGGCGUAGAGCUCAUCUUCCAAGUUACGCCCGGAACAGAGGCACCGGCUGAGAUGAACUUCUUCCUGCCUCAAUUUCGGACCAUGUGCAUGGCCGAAAAUGCCACUCAAUGCCUCCACAAUAUUUCGACUCUUCGAGGGGCUGCUGUGAGAGAUGCGCUUGCAUGGUCAUCAUACUUGGAUGAGUCAAUCGCACUUUACGGGGAGAAGACAGAAGUUGUAUUCGCCUCGCAUCAUUGGCCGACAUGGGGGAAAGAGAAGGUAUACACCUAUCUCACUCAGCAACGUGACCUAUAUGCCUUCUUGCAUGACCAGACAGUCCGUUUGAUGAACCAAGGGCUCACUGGCAUCGAGAUCGCCGAAGACUUCUCACUCCCACCCAAAAUCCGGACAAAUUGGCAUACACAAGGCUUCUACGGUUCAGUCAGCCACAACGUCAAGGCAAUCUAUCAGCGCUACAUGACCUGGUUUGAUGGCAACCCAUCUCAUCUAUGGGAACAUCCUCCAGUUGAAUCUGCUAGACGCUACGUUGAUUGCAUGGGUGGCACCGAAGAAGUUAUUAAGAAGGCACAAGCAUUUAUGAAGCGAGGUGACCUACGCUUUGCGGCGACACUUUUGAACCACGUUGUCUUCUCUGAUCCAGAGAGCGCAGCCGGCAAAAUCAUGCUGGCUUCAACAUAUGAAAAACUUGGUUUUGGUGCCGAGAACGGCCCGUGGCGUAACUUUUAUCUGUCCGGCGCUGGUGAGCUACGCGGUCAAACACCGCACAAAAAUCUGCUCUCUGAUCAGACGGAGAUGUUACAAGCUCUCUCUCUUCAUCAGCUUUUUUCUUCCAUUGCUGUGCGAGUCGACGGUUCUAAAGCACAAGAAAAGGACUUUACGAUCGAUUUGUAUGUGACUGAUCUGAAGGAGAAAUGCCGUCUGAUGAUCAGCAAUGGGGCUUUAAUCCAUCGAACUGGGUUGAAAAAGGAACAGCCACAGGUUGGCACAGCAGACUACUCUUGCUCGAUGUCUCAUUCUCAGCUGCUGAUAUUGUUAGCCACAGGAGAUUUUGGAAACGUAGAGAGUGAAUCGGGAGAUAGAUCAUACUUUGCGAAGUUGUUGUCUUUCAUUGUGAGCUUUGAUACGAAGUUUAAUAUUGCUGUACCAUAA